GAAGACCUCUUCUUGAUUUCACCAGACCACCAACGCCCACUCAACAAUUCAAUCUCAGUCGGCGAAAAGGUAACUAAUCGCAAUCAUGGCUGUCGGAAAGAAUAAGCGUCUCUCUAAGGGCAAGAAGGGUUUGAAGAAGAAGACCUUGGAUCCCUUCACCCGUAAAGAUUGGUACCAAAUCAAGGCACCAUCUUCAUUCCAAAUCAGAGAUGUCGGAAAGACCCUUGUCAACAGAACCACCGGUCUCAAGAACGCCAACGACUCAUUGAAGGGAAGAAUCGUCGAGGUUUCUUUGGCCGAUUUGCAAAAGGAUGAGGACCACGCUUUCCGCAAGGUUAAGCUCCGUGUCGAUGAGGUUCAAGGAAAGAACUGCUUGACCAACUUCCACGGUCUCGACUUCACAUCAGACAAGCUCAGAUCUCUUGUCCGCAAGUGGCAAUCCUUGAUCGAGGCCAACAUCACCGUCAAGACCACCGACGACUACCUCCUCCGCCUCUUCGCUAUUGCAUUCACCAAGCGCAGACCUAACCAGAUCAAGAAGACCACAUACGCUGCUUCUUCCCAGAUCAGAGCCAUCCGCAAGAAGAUGACCGAGAUCAUUCAACGUGAGGCCAGCACUUGCACUCUCACUCAACUCACCGCCAAGCUCAUCCCAGAGGUUAUCGGUCGUGAGAUUGAGAAGGCAACCCAAGGCAUCUACCCAUUACAAAACGUUCACAUCAGAAAAGUCAAGCUUUUGAAGGCACCCAAGUUCGACCUUGGUGCUCUUCUUAACCUCCACGGCGAGUCAAACACAGAUGAGCAGGGUCAAAAGGUUGAGAGGGAAUUCAAGGAGAAGGUGUUGGAGGAAGUAUAAAUCAAGGAUGAUGAUGUUAUGUGGUUUGGGUUUGAUGGUGCAUGAUAUGUAGUCAAGUCUGGGCUUUGGGCAAUAUAGGCGUGACUUUGCAUCACAUAUAGCCUUGGGCUAUCAUUCAAUUCCAAAAAUGUCAAAAAAAUGCAAAAAUACAGUGUCCA